CUUAACAGAAAGGAAACAGACGGUCAAAUAACGACUCAAACGACAUUCACGCGAGAUGGUAAAGCCGAAACGUUUGUUUUAUUUGUAGACUGCUAGUCUUUCCACCACAGCUUCCCCUGCAAAUUAUGAUGGCCCUCCUCUUCUGUCGUCACUUCGUCUUCCCCUCAAAAGAUAUAUGGAGGAAUUGGAUAAGGGGACCAGCCAGGCACAACCAACAACAGUGCUUGGACCAGCUGCUCAUUGAUUCGAAGCGCGAUCGUCCCUGAUACCCCCGAAACAUAAGGGAAAUGAAUAUUUUAUCACCUUUUUACCGGGCUCUUAGCUCCGUGUGUACAAGGCAAUUUGGUCGAAGAAUUCGGCUGUCAGAGUGCGGAAUGUGUGGAGCGGCUUCUGACCGCAAGGUCCAGCCAGGCUUCGGCCUCCUGUUUGACAUUGACGGUGUUCUCGUCAGAGGUAGGACACCCAUCCCUGCAGCAAAGAAGGCCUUCCAGAAGCUGGUCAACGCCCAGGGACAGUUUGUGGUGCCUGUCGUGUUUGUUACGAAUGCUGGGAAUGUUCUCCGCCAGACAAAGGCAGACCAGCUGUCUCACAUCCUGGGAGUGUCUAUCUCCCAGGACCAGGUCAUGAUGUCACACAGCCCUCUAAAGAUGUUCAAAAAGUACCAUGAGAAGUGUGUGCUGGUGUCAGGACAGGGCCCAGUUUUGGACAUUGCCAAGAAUUUAGGCUUUAUGAAAGUGGUCAGCAUUGACAUGCUACGGGAAGCCUUUCCACUGCUGGACAUGGUGGACCACAACAGACGCCCCAAACUUCCAUCCUCCCCCAUUGUUAAUCUUCCCAAGAUUGAAGCUGUUAUUCUCUUUGGGGAGCCAAUUCGAUGGGAGACGAACCUGCAGCUUAUCACUGACAUCCUUCUGACCAAUGGGAACCUGAGCAGUGUCCAUCAGAAUCAGAAGUUCCCUCACCUUCCCCUGCUGGCCUGCAACAUGGACCUCAUGUGGAUGGCAGAGGCACAGUCUCCACGAUUUGGUCAUGGAACCUUCCUGGUUUGUCUGGAGAACAUCUAUAAGAAGAUAACAGGAAAAGAGCUGAAGUAUGAGGCUCUAAUGGGCAAGCCCAGUGAACUGACUUACCACUAUGCUGAGUACCUGAUCAGACAGCAGGCUGCACAGAGGGGGUGGAGGACCCCCAUCACAUCCCUGUAUGCUAUUGGGGACAACCUCAUGACCGACAUCUAUGGUGCUAACAUGUACAACCGCUACCUUGAAGAGAGGACUGCCAGGAAGAGCUCCAAGGCUGUGGCUAAGGUGGCAGCUGGUAACCGGUCCUCCGCCACGCUGCCCCAGGAGGACGACGUGGACAGUGCUUGGGAGAGCGAGCUGGCGCCCCCCUCUGCCACCUCCUGCAAAUCCAUCCUGGUCUGCACCGGUGUUUACAACCCCCACACUGAGGUGCCACCAGACGCCAACCAGGCCAUCAAAGAGACUGUGUUCCACGGGCACCGCGACUUCCGCUUCGACCCUGCGUUGGUGGAACCGGGCCAUAUUGUGCAGGACGUGGACGCGGCUGUGGAACUCGUAUUCCAGCAGGAGAAGUUUUUGAUCCAGUAAUGCUUUUGGAGGAGGGCCUUCGGAUCAUCUCCACAUUAAAAUGGAAAAUCAUUUUAGAUCAUCUCCUCCCAUCUCUUCUUAGAACAAGAACAAAGAAAAAAUGUCAGUACACAAGACUUUACGUGCACAUUCAUCCGGGUGGAUGAUUUUUAAAUUAUGCAACAAAAAAGGAGUAUCCAGAAGGAAUAUCUAGAAAGAUGAUUUAAGGGCAUUGAAGCAGCUCCUUAAGGUUCAUCUGCAACUUUGUGAAGGUGUACUGAAAAGCUGUGGCGCAGUUUUAAUGCGCUGGAAAUUCUCAUGCUCUACAAAAGGUUUAAGCUCCAUCCUUAGCUAAGCACAUGGACACCUCAAAGCACAUGCUUCUGUGAUAUCCUACAUCAGGUCCAAAAAUGUAAAAUGGAAUGCUGAAGGCAAGAAUAUAGUAAUGAAUAUAAUGUGUUCUAAUGUUAAAUUGUAAUUAAUAGUACAUAUUUUAUUGUAACUUCUUACAUUAAUGGUUCACCUUAACUUUACCAGUACAUGGUACUUUUUACAUUUUAUUAAUUAGUUUUUAUUUCCAAUGUUUGUUGACUUUCUGUGGCCAAACUCAGUGUAAUUACUCAGUGUAAUUAUUGCUCUGUAAUGUUUGACAUGUUAAUGUUUAUUAAUGUAAUUUUUUAUGAGCCAGGUAUUUCAGAAACUGUGACAUUUGUUAAACAGUUAUGACUAGUGGAAAAAUUCAACACACAGAACUUGCAAAGUAGUAGAAAAUCUGAAAUAUCCUAUCAUUUUAUUUUUUUAAUUGGUAUUUUUCUUCCUAAUAGCAGACAUUGAGGAAAAACUGUAGUGACUGUAGUAGCAUCUUCUGUGCAAUUGUCCUUUUUUAUUCAUGUUUUCAAUGUUGUGAUAUCAUGAAACAUGUGGAGGGGCAAGUCCAAUACUGUCUGAAAGCAGAUUCUGACAGUUAGGAAACUGUGACAAAACUUGUAAUUGUUGUCCUGGCUGUUGCAUUGAAUGGACAGCUGUCUUAUAGACCUAAACUGGGUAUGUUAAAUUUACAUAUGCACAUAUGUGCUGUUAUUCUGUUUAUAGGACAUUUGGUUCCUGUGUUCUCACACUACAGUGACAUGCUGUGUACAAAUUCAGUAUUGUUCCAUCUCUUAAAACUUGCUAAAUGAGUGCAAUUGCCACUGCAUCAGCAGGUUUAACAUUUUUAAUGCACAAACAGGAAUAUUCACUCAAACUCAUGCUCAUAGAUUCUGAAAUGGUCUGAUGUAGGUUAAUUUUAUUCUCCAAUGGUUACAUGUAGUGCAAUUACUUUGAGACGUGUCUGACUGAUAGUGAAUAAGCAAAAUCAGAUUAUUACAUUAAUAAAUUACAUGCAUUAUUUAUUUUUAUUAACAUUUCAGAAGUAUGUUUAAAAAAAGUAUUUUUAAAUUCAAAUGUUCUGUUAUUAAAAAAACUACUGCCUCAGACCUGAAUGUUCAUUGUUGAAGUGGUUUUAUUCAAACAAUCUGAUAUAUUUAUAAAACUUACAAACAUUA